CCACUUUGUGUGCAGUUGGUGGUGUUGCUGGGCAGAUAAACAAAAUAGUUUACUUUCAAUAAAUAUUGGUUUUAUAAAUUUUACGACUUGAAGACAGGCUGCGUUUCACGGAAAAGAUGAGUUCGCGUACUCGAAUAAGGUCAACAAUUCCACUAUGAACCAUCCUGUAACCAAGUGCUCUACAUCUUCAAAUAUUUAUGACAGUAAAUAUCAUCUAUCUUUAUAUACAAGAAAUAUUUGAAUUUGACCUUUUUUGAGAACAGCGUGAAAAUGGCUGAUCGUUCUGAUUAUAGUGAGGAUGAUGAUUGCAGCAGAUAUAGUGAUGAUUUUGUAAGUGAAGAUGAUAUUGUCUCCAUCAAACAACCAACUAAAUCACAGCCUCCCAAGAAAUCAAGUCCUUACACAAUAAAAACCAGAGGUAGAGGCCGAGGGAGAGGAAGAGGGCGAACUAGUCAAAGUAUGAAACAAGACGUACACAGAUCCGGUAAUAGUUCAGUAGCUAUGAGAAUGAUGUCUGCCAGCAGAAUAAAACAAAAUGAAUUCAGAAAUCAGCUGGAAGAGCAGAAAGCUCAAAUCCAACAACUACUAUCUGAAAAUAAAACUUUAAAGAAAAUGCAAUUUCGUCACGAAAAAGCUUUAGGAAAAUUUGAAGAAAAAGAAAGUGAGCUUCCGCAGUUAUUGACUAAACAUAGUAACGAAGUGCGUGCUUUACGAGAACAGAAUCGAAGAAUGAAAGAGAAAUAUGAAAAGGCUGAUCGUUAUUUACGCGAUGCAGAAGAUGAUUUAGAUGUAUAUAAAGUCAGAUUAAAAAAAUAUAAAAAAUUGUGUGAGAGUAAAGGAUUGCCCGAACGAGAUGAGUUAAAUAGAAAACUACAGCAAGCAGAAAUAGAUCUAGAAGAAAAGGACUCUAAAAUCAAAGAAUUAGAGCGUCACAUUGAAAAACUGAAUAAAAACCAUAGGCAUGAAUUAGGGAUAGAGAUGGCCCACCACAGAGAGACCAAAAAACACUUAAGAGAGAUGGAAGAUAAACAAAAUCAUGUGAAAGAAAUGUUACGGGUAAUCACCAAGAAGAUUUAA